AUGGCUUUGAGAUAUAAUAAAAAUUUGUUUUCUUUGAUAUUACUUUUAAUAUUUGUUUCUAUUUUGGUGGUACAUGCUCACUAAGAUCAAAAAGAUGAAUAAAUUAAAUAGAAUUAAGAAGAAUCAGAAGAAGUAGAAGAAUAAGAAGUCGAAUAACCUUUGCCUAAGUUAAAAACAAUAGACUAAUGCAAGGCAGACUGCACACUAGAUUGGUAAGACUGUGUUAUGAGAUGCGGAAACGAUGGUCCUUCAAAAUGUUACAUAACUUGUUAAACUCAAGUAAAAAAAUGCUUAGAUGAAUGUCCUAAUGCUAUUUGCAAUGAUCACUGCUCGAUAGAGCUUGAAAAAUGCCAGAGAGCUAAAAGAAAUCCUGGUGCAUGUGAAUCAGAAUAUAACAAUUGCUAAGAAGAUUGCGAUAAUGCUUACAUAGGCAGAACUGAUUUAUGA